AUGAAUCAACAAGCCACACUUGAGGUUCAGCCCGUUGGUGUAGAUCAUCGCCAGCUCUUCUACGAACCUAUCGUCCUUGAGAACGCCUUGCAAAAGGCCUGUCGUUUUGGGCAAGAAGUCUUCAACGGCAUUCCAGAGGUGGACAACAACUCCCUCGCGACUCAAGCGCAGGUCUUCCACUUCUUCGUCGACAAGCUAGCCCAGGUAUGCGACAACAGGCGCGGCGGCGAGACAGUCUCCUCGUUCACUGUUCUCAACGGUCCCGAUGGCCCAGAGUACCUCUUCGCGUCCAAUCACAGAGACGCGGAUGAGCUAUCUGAGACCCAGGAAUUCGCCGAAAGCCUUCUUACUCUUGUUGGCAAGAACCCAACCGGCCUUAAGCAAAAGGCCCUUGCCAAACAGGUGUUGUGGAAGAUUCUGUUAUUCAACCUUCCGCGUCUGAACAUAUACCUGAAUACACUGGGUACAUCCAUAGAUGCCUGCAUCGACGAUUGCAACAGGCGAGAGGCACCAGAAAUCCUCAUGUCGGAGCUCUUGAGACUGAAGGAGAAAGCGGACUUCCCUCGCGAUCUUGAAUCUGGGAGUAUUCAAGAUAAAUUUUUGUGUGACUGCGAAAAGCUCAUCAAAGUGGCUGUUUCGAUGAAGAGCACUCAGAUCGAGCAGGCUAUCAGGAGGAACGCCAAAGACGGAGAAAUGACCAGCUCCAAGGCCUGGUGCGACUUGAGACACUACCUCGGACGGCUUCUGUCCUUCCGCCAGGCAGCAGAUGCCAUGAUAGGUACCCAUGAACGCUUGCCCAACCUCUUCCAAGACUUCAAAUUUACGGCUAUCCCAUCUGGCAAAGACGCUGCAAAACCAAUCGCAAGAUCCAGGUCUUUCACGGCGGAAUCCAUCAUCAAGAACAUGAUUCCAGACGAUGAAGAGGAACAGAAGUUCUAUCUUGAGCAAGCCCUCGAGAUGCAGAAAUUCGGCCUCGACGACUUCAUCUUCAGACAGAUCAGCAAGCGCACCUUCAGGCCGCGCGUUCAUGCCGAAGUACUCGUUCACAGCUAUCUGUUGAGCCACGAUCUUCAGCAUCCCAGAGAUUACUUCAACAGCUGGAAGUACAUUGGCAGCAGCAAGCCUACCUGCAGGCUCUGUUCAUACUAUUUUACUGCGCACCCCGACCGAGUGCAAGUGAGAAAGUCUCACUUCAACCUUUACCCCAACUGGUGUCUCCCAGGGGUAUUUGAGGGGCCCAAUUCUGGUGCCCCCGACGCAAAGACUCUGCAUUUACUUGAACAGAUUACGGAGAGGGUGCACGAUGAUGUGAAGAGGACGCUGGAUGAGAAGCGGCCCGUGGGAAAGAAUUAUGAUUCAAACACUUACACCAGUGUGCCACCGGGGUUAACUAGGUAUACGCAUAGCGACACCGCCAGCAUGGGGGAGGCGGCGGUUCGGCUGAAUGAGAUGAGUCUCAACACUCGUGCCGAAGGGGGAGGUCAUCUCCCAACUGAGGAGGGUGAUGAUGGCUACAGUAUGAUUGGAGAGGUGGAUGAAGUAGCCGAGAAUGGGAGCCAAGGUGCACCGGUGAGUGUUAUGCGUGCGGGGAUUCGGGUUUAA